AUGCCGCGACCUCGUCCGGAGCAGCCUGUUGGGACGAAUGGUGCUGCAUCGCCGCCCAAUGGCGCAGCAGCUACCAGCGGUAGAGGGGGAAAGCGUGGACGAGGCAGGGGAGGCAGCAAACUAGAGCCCCCCUUUCCUCACGCAGCUUCCAAUCCUCAAGGAGGCCGAGCCUCGGUCAGCAAUGGCGACAGCAUCCCCAAGACUAAUCCGAGCGCUUCGAAAGGCUUGAAUAAAGCUGGCGCUGCCAACUCAAGUGCUACUGCUGCACCAGCUCGCAAUACGAAGAAGAACAAGAAGAAGAAGAAGGAAGAAGGGGCAGAGGCCAGAGUCAAACUCAAGGUGGUAGUCAGGCGUCUGCCACCCCAUCUCCCCGAGGAGAUCUUCUGGAGGAGCGUUGAACCAUGGACUGGAAAGCAGACACUUGAGGGCAAGAAGCCGCCAGUGGGUCAGGCUGCGAAGGGGAAGGAGACAAAGGUGAAGCAGCCCGAGGCAACGCAGGCGGCAGCAGAAGAGAGCUCAACGACAGCGGCAGGGCAGGAUACGGAGAUGAAGGACGGAGAAGCAAAGAUCGCUCCAGACGCUACUCCUACCACGACAGAAGCAAAGCCGAUCCCCGUCAAGUCAGGUCCACUGAUCGAUCUUGGCUCGCCAGGCCAGGACAAGCUCGCAUGGCGACGCUACCUCCCUGGCAAGUUCAAGUCCUCCGGUCCUUCCUUUGGCUCGGCGUCUGCUUCUGGCUCAGCAUCUACAUCAGCCGCUGCUGCAUCACGCGACCCCUCGAUUCUGCAUACCUACUCUCGCGCUUAUCUCCGCUUCAAGACCCUCCCUGACCUGGUAGAGUUCCACCGCAACUUUGACGGACACGUCUUCCGGGAUGCAGCGGGAAACCAAUCUGUCGCACUCGUGGAGUGGGCUCCAUAUCAAAAAUGCCCUCCUUUGGGCGCUACAGCGGGCGGUGGGAAGAAGAGAGAUAAGAAGGAAGGAAGCAUCGAGGAGGAUCCCGAUUAUCUCGAAUUCAUCAAGACGCUUGCCGGUCCUGGAGGAGGAGGAGAUGGGAGUGAGGCAGGAGCGGCGGGGGAGAAGAGUCGGGAGAAGACAGACACGGAGCUCAUGGCCCAUCUCACGUCGAGUCAUGCCAGUCGCGACGCCCUGCAGGAGGCAUCGAAGCAUACACCCCUUUUGGAGCAUCUGCGCAAUCAGAAGAAGGCAGAAGCGGCCAGUAAGGCGAGUGCGAGGGGCAAAGGAGCCAGUGGGUCAGGAGCGGCUGGGGCGAAGGGCAAGUCGGGUAAGGGUAUUGCAAGUCAAACCUCGGCUGCCGCAAAUGCUUUAGCCCAUCGAGCAGGUCAGAGCAAAGAAAAGGGCAAAGGAAAAGCGAGUAAUAUUGCGCACUCCACCACAGGGGGUGCUGCACCUGCGAUCCCUACUGGUCCAAAGAGCGUCAAGAAGGACAAGAGCAAGGUCAAAUCCAGCGGCGCUACUCCCGUCGUCAGCAAGAACAAGUCGCAGCAUGAAAACGAUACUUCCUCUACCUCGAUCAAGAUAGAUGCUGCUACUGCUUCUGCUCUACCAACUCCCAUUGGACCAAAGAGCGACAACAAGAAGCAAAAGGGGCCAUCGAAGAAGAGCACCGCAGGGCAAGCAGGCGCCGCUGCUCCCCAAUCCCAGUCCCAGGCGCAACCAGUAAUCCUCAAGCGGGCCGAAGGGCAGGAGAGUGCAGGCGUACCAGCUAACACCACGGCCGCUACGUCCGCUGGUGGUAGUGGUGAAAUUCAAGACUCACAGGCUCGCCUACCGCCUACGGGACCUAAGAAUGCUGGUAGAGGUGGAAGAGGGGGACGUGCUGGAGGGGGAGGAGGUGCGGGUAGGGGAGGUGGUGGAAGAGGAGGUGGUACAGGAGGCGCAGGCGGAGGAGGUGGUCCUGCUCCCACUUGA